AUGUAUCAAUCCGAAAACGGUUCUGAGGACGAAUUUGAGUACGAAUAUCAUGACACUGAGAAAGAGACAUUUCUCGUGGACAUUGAUCUCUCAUCCUUAAAUUCUGUGGUUCAGCCCAAUGUUCCUGGAGCCCCCAAGCCGGUGAUACCAGCCAAAAGAAUACAUGACAAUUCUGUUCCCCAGGCUCCUGACCGGGAUGACCAUUCUCCCGAUCCAGCCGAGCGCGCAGAGGAGGAAACUAGUCCGGCUCAGGCACCACCUGACACCCCUUCGCAGGAGGUGGAAGAUGACGACGAUGAUAGCGCACGGCCGUUUCCAUCACAGGUACAGAUUCUGGAUCUGAACACCACCAACCCGAUGAUUUCAUACAUGGAUCAAGUUUACAGCUGUACCUGGACCGACAUGGUUGGCACUAACAUGUUCUUUACCCAUCCGGGUUUGUUGGACACCAUCGAGAUUCUGCAAUCCACCGAUGACUAUGACUUGAUUGGCAUGUCACGAAUUAAACUCGUUGGCGACCGAGUCCAAGUGUCAAAGAAGAAGGGAUCUAAGAAAGCCGAUGUCGACGCUCCGGCUGAGCAUGACGAACCUCCAGAAGGCCGCAGUUUAGGGAACCUCAAUGGUACGAAUCCGGCGACAAACAUGCAAAUUAAGAAACAAGCGGCAUUUCUCGAGAAGCUCAUGGAUAUCAAGCAACAACGUGGAGGGAGCGAUAUUGUGAGGGUAUAUGUGGACGAAAAUACCGCACCGGGUGGAACUCCGAGAAUACAGGAUGCAAUGCAUGACGAAAUCGCCGAGCUAAAUCGAAAAGUGCUCAAAGGGGACGCUAGAGCUCUUGCAAGACUUCAAGGAAUCUAUUCUCAAUUAGAGGAUAGCGAUCACAGUCCCCAAGAGACGGAUCAGAGGCCCGAGGACGAGGUUAUAUGA